AUGGCGGCCUCCGUGCUGGGUUCCACCUGCGGCCCGCUGCGGCUCGGCGUUACCGGCCUGUGCCGCCGCCGGCCGCCCCGGGGCCUGUGGGCUCGUGCGCGGCGGCUCCCGGGGCUCGCGGGGUCCGGGAGGAGCGUGGCCGCGGCCAGCGGAUCGGGCGCCUCGGGCACCGACCGCUAUUGCUUGGAGCUGCUGCGGAAACGAGACUACGAAGGCUAUUUGUGCUCCCUGCUGCUCCCUGCAGACUCCAGAAGCUCUGCCUUUGCACUGAGGGCCUUCAACGUGGAACUGGCUCAGGUUAAGGACUCAGUCUCUGAGAAAACAAUUGGACUGAUGCGAAUGGAGUUUUGGAGAAAAACUGUGGACGACAUAUACAGUGACAACCCACCCCAGCAGCCUGUGGCCAUCGAGCUGUGGAAGGCUGUCAAAAGACAUAAUCUGACUAAAAGAUGGCUUAUGAAAAUCAUUGAUGAAAGAGAAAAAAAUUUGGAUGACAAACCAUAUCGUAAUAUCCAGGAACUGGAAAACUAUGCUGAAAACACUCAGAGCUCUCUUCUUUAUUUAACACUAGAAAUAUUGAGUGUAAAGGAUCUUCAUGCAGAUCAUGCCGCGAGUCACAUUGGAAAAGCGCAGGGCAUUGUCACUUGCUUGAGAGCAACGCCCUAUCAUGGUAGCAGAAGAAGAGUGUUCCUUCCCAUGGAAAUUUGUAUGCUGCAUGGCGUUUCACAAGAGGAUUUUCUACGGCAGAACCAAGCUAAAAAUGUGAGAGAUGUGAUAUAUGACAUUGCCAGCCAGGCACACUUGCACCUAAAGCAUGCUAGGUCCUUCCACAAAAGUGUUCCUGUGAAAGCAUUUCCUGCUUUUCUUCAGACGGUUGCCCUGGAGGACUAUUUAAAGAAAAUUCAACAGGUGGAUUUUGACAUAUUCCACCCAUCUUUACAGCAGAAGAAUACACUACUACCAUUAUCUUUGUAUGUUCAGUCAUGGAGAAAAAGAUAUUAAAAUAAUUUUAUGGCA